AUGUUCAAGGGUCAACCCAGCGAUACUGACGAGAUGGAUUCGCAGCCACCGCCUCCACCGCCACCGACAACAGCACCACCACCACCUCCACCGGUAGCCUCAGAUGCCGGUGCAGACACCCCGGCCAGCCAGUCCAGCUACGGAUACUCAAGCCAGUCGACGAUGGGCCAGGAACCCGAGAUUGUAGAGGCAUACGAGGAGGAGAGACCGACAGACAGCCAUCACCUGGCAGACAUGGCUGCCAAGGAGAAGCCGAUUGAGGAGAGGGGACACGCCGAGCUUGAUCACGAUCACGUCGAGGUGAAGAACUUGGGAUGGAACAACCCUCCGAGCAAGGUUGCGCAACCCAUGGUUGGUGGCUUGAGCAAUGAGGAGCUGUGGAUUCUGGUUCGAAGAUUUGACAAGCAAAUCUUCCACGUCAAGUCGAUACCCGAGCCGCCGGUGAGCUUACCGCUCCAAACCUGCUCAUAUCUCCAGCUAAACAUAGACCAGCUUGCAAAUCUGGACAUGAACAUCGCCGAUGAGGAGGAAUUCUCGCCUGACAAACUCCGAGCCCACGUCGAGCGCUUGUACAUGACUGUCGUUGUUGGCUUAUUCUCCUUCUGGAAGCACAUUGUCCGUCUCCGUUCAUGGCGCGAAUACAAGCGCACCUCAGUCUUCCUCGCAGUCUACUCCAUCGCCUGGAUCAUCGACUUUGUCGUCCCCGUCCUCGCCAGCUUCCUCAUCGUCCUCGUCCUCGUCCCGCAAUCGCGAGACUUUUGUUUCCCCCCCGCGCCCGCCUCCCUCAUCGACAGCAAGACCGGCGGCGUCAAGAAGCCCGCCUCCGGCGUCCUCGCGUCCGACGACUCAAUCACGGGUGCGCCCGAGAAGCACGCCGGGGAGGCCGUGGAACAGGAGGCGUCCAGCUUCGUAAACAGCAUUUCCUCGCUGAUCAUCAGCACGGCGGCGGGGAAACAUCCUCAAGGCGAUCCCCACGACGACUCUUCUGUCCCCGACCCUACUAACAUUACCCAAGAUGUCGUCAAUGCCAAGGACAAGACGAACGGGAAAGAGCCCACCUCCCAUCACGACAAGACCAAGAAGCCGGUUCACGAGUCCGUCUGGAGCAAGGCUGGGCCUGUGAUGCAUGGCAUUGCCGACUUUGUCGACACCUGGGAGCGCUUCGCAAACGCUCUCAGUCCGACACCCCCAUUCCCGCAGCAGAGACCUCGUCUCAUCCUGGCCAGCGUCAUCUUGCCGCUAUUGCUCGUAUCUUUGUUUACAACUUCGUACAUGUUGGUCAAGGGCACCGGUUUCGCGGUUGGAUUCAUCAUCUUUGGAGACCCACUCAUCCAAAGAGGCCUGGUGUUUAUCAACCGCACCUACCCUCACUGGCAAAAGUAUGUUGAAUUGCGAAACACCAUUCUCAAGGGCAUUCCCACCAACGCCCAAGUCACCAUCACGCUCCUGCGCAUUGGCGAACGGAACAAGGCACCGCUCCCUCCACCGCCAAAGUCCGACAUACCGCCACCUGAUGAACCUCAUGCGACCGCCGGUCAGGAUCUCGAGCAUCUCGGUAAGUCGGCCAUUGUGUUCAACGCGCUGCCAACUCUGGCUCAUCAAAACAACUCACCAGGUGUCGAUCAAGCAGAGAUAGACGAAGCCAUCCAACCCGACGAAGCAGCACUGGCGCCAGCCGAGUCAGAAACGGCAGAGCACAAGCAGAAGAAGGGUCAUCGGAUCAUGAACUUUAUCAAGAGCACUGCAAAGGGCGGCAUCAACACCACCCUCGCCGCGGACAAGGUGAAGGCCAAGGUCGGCGCGAAACACGCAAAGGACAGGCUGGGCGUCGUCAAGAAGACGCCCGAUCCUGAGAAGGGCCCUAUUCGCUUCCCCGCGCGCUGGAAGGGUAAGAGGGGCCACGCGUACAUCACGACCACGGCCACGACCCCUGCGCUUAGCUGGACUACGGAAUCGGAUGACUUGAGUCCAACAUGGACUGUAACCAUUGGUGAUAUUGAACAAAUUCGCAAAAUGGGCGGUCUUGGGUGGAAGUCCAAGAUCUUUGUCGGAUGGGCAACUGAUCGUGAGAUUGCGGACGGCCUUAUUGUCACGGACAGUAUGGGCAAGGAGUAUCACCUCACCGCCAUCAUUUCGAGAGAUGAACUCUUUAAUCGUCUCGUGGCCUUGGGCUCGCAGAUGUGGGAAGCCUGGUGA